AUGGCCACGAAGGCGCCCCGAGCCGCCGCGGAGAAGGAACCGCAGGGGGAUAUCUCCGAGAGGUGCCGGGGCUUCAUGUCUCCUCCGGUGACCGAAAUCGGCGUGCUGCAGGAGAGCAGCGGGGAGAUGCGCACGAGGAUGGAGAUGCUCAUCAUGGAGACGCAGGCCGACUUCUGCAACGCCCUGCAGGAGGUGGACGGCGGGACGUUCAAGGUGGACCGGUGGCAGAGAAAUGAAGGUGGCGGAGGGAUCAGCUGUGUGAUGCAGGAUGGAAAGGUGUUUGAGAAGGCCGGAGUCAAUGUGUCCGUGGUGUUUGGGAACCUGACUGAGGAGGCCGCCAAGCAAAUGAGGAGCAGAGGGAAAGCAGGCCUAAAGCUUGAUAAAGACGUGCAGCUGGUGCAGAACUCUGCGGCCCUGAACGGGACCCAGCGGGUGCUGCUGGAUCACGUCAUAUCCGAGGAGGAGUGUUCAGACCUCAGGCGCCUGGCUCACGCCGUCACCAUUGCGGGAGACGGCUACAGAGGGAGGAUGUCGCCACACACCCCCAAUGAGAAGUUUGAAGGGGCCACUGUACUCAAAACCCUGCAGUUCGGAUACGAGGGCAGAGUGCCGAUGAGGAGCGCCCGCCUGUUCUACGACAUCAGCGAGCGAGCGAGACGGGUCAUCGAGUCUUACUUCCUGCUCAACUCCACCCUGCACUUCUCCUACACGCACCUGGUGUGCCGGACAGCCAUCACAGGCCAGCAAGAUCACAGGAACGACCUGAGCCACCCGAUCCACGCCGACAACUGUCUGCUGGACCCCGAGGCCCACGAGUGCUGGAAGGAACCUCCCGCGUACACGUACAGAGACUUCAGUGCACUGUUAUAUCUAAAUGGAGAUUUUGAAGGAGGGGAGUUCAUAUUCACAGAAAUGGAUGCCAAAACCGUCACGGCAUCGGUGAAGCCCUUAUGCGGCCGGAUGGUGGGUUUCUCAUCCGGGGGGGAGAAUCCACACGGCGUGAAGGCCGUCACCAGCGGGCAGCGGUGUGCCGUCGCUCUGUGGUUCACCCUCGACCCGCUCUUCAGAGAACUGGAGAGACUGCAGGCGGACGAGGUGAUCCAGGCGCUGGACACGGAGUCCACGUGGGGCGGAGGCCUCAACAUCAACCCCAAAGAUGAACUGUAGAAGCUGAAGCAAAACGCCUUCAGUCCAAUACGCUUCAAUCUAAUCCUUCUAUAUUUUAACUAUUUAUUGAACCGACCUUGUACUUCUUUACGUGAUACCUCUGGUUUUAUCAAUUUAUAGAUAGACAGACGGACAAAUACAUAUCUAGAUGCUGCCAUGGAUUCCGUGUAGGAUUCCAUGUAAUAUUUUACUACGCUUUGUAGGAGCCAGUUUUAAUUGACAUUGAGUGGAAGAUACCAAAUUGAGCCAGCAGGUGUCACCAUGGUGCACUUGCUUUAUUAGGUGGGAACUUUGAGCCAGGUGGCAGGUGUUGCGAGACGGAGGAGCACACAGUUUUCUCUGUCACAAUACGUGGUUGUAAGUGACAGCUAAAUGGACUCCACAUUGUGCUAAAUAAACCAAAUAUUCAAACACAGAAUCAACGGCGUAAGCGGGUUUAUUUUACCGAACGAAACAUGUGCAGUGGCCAGCGCGUCAAACCCUACUUUUAGCCUGUCUACGCAGCCCCUCAGUGGCUUUAAGUUAGGCUUAGCCGCUACACGCUUAUUAAAUCAUAUUAUCAGUUAUACAUUAUCUUCAUUUCAAAACAUAUUAUUUUUUUAUGUAGCAUCUGAACAGUUUUAUUUCUGGUGGGUUCAUCUAAAUCUCACUAUAAAUCCUCCAUUAUUAAAAAGACAGACUUUGUAAUGAAAAGAAAUCACAUGUAGGCCUAUAUAUCAUUGAACAUCUUCCCACUUAGUCCUUAAGGCAAUUUAUUGAAUAAUAUUUAUGGUCUGCUGCAGUUAAUAACAACUAUUUAAGCUGUGUUCACAACAUAGCAUGAUAAACAACUAAAAUGUUUGUCUCCCUGUGUUCAGCAGACCGGAUAUAAAACAAGUAAAAACGACAUGCUUCGCUGUUGUCGUUUUUUUUGGAAAGUUGCAGAAACGGAUGUUCAUUAAACUGUAUUGAAUGGCCAGAACGAAAUAAUAACGAAAUAAUACCGGAAUAAAUAAAAAAUCCAUAUAUAUAUUUAAUAAAAACGAGAGCACGUAGAAACACGCACGCACGCACGCGCGCCGUAAAAUGCCAUGGCAACCGAACGAUGACCCGACCGAGGGUAUAUAAGGUCAGCGCACUUUCUGAACGUUCCCUUUGCUCUUUGACUUGAACGCGAACUUUAAACCUCCCGUGAAAGCAAACUGCUGAGAACAAAACCUUUGAGUUUUUGACUACUGAGCGGAUUCUACUGGAUACCGAUAUUGUUGGAGAAGUGAACUACUGUAUAACAUCUUUAGUGGAGCACAGACGAGGCUGAAACAGGCCCUCAGGAGCGGCGGAGGAGCGGCGGAGCAUCGAGGACGACCACCGGCUGAAGGAAGUUGGCUGA